CUCCAUGCCACUAAGCCGUAUAUAAACCGGGUGGCGUGGCCUUUCUCCCUUCACCAACCCCAGCAAGAAACGACCCAAGCAAAGCCACCAAUUGAUUGAAGCAAAGUCACAGAGCCUGCGUGCAAGAAAGCCUCGGCCACCGGAGCUGCUGCAGGAAUUAUCCCCGUCUCCUAUCGAGUAUGGACAAGGUGCUGGCCUUCUCCAUCCUGAGCGCGUCGCCGGCAGACAUCGCCCCCGGCGCCGGCGGAAGCUGGGCUCGGCUGUCUUGGUGGGGGAGGAAGCUGCAGGAGGACGACCGGACUGGAUCAGAGCACCAAGGGAAGCAGGGCGGUCUGCCGCGGGAGGCAGAGCAGCGGCCGGACAAAGGGAAAUCGCAGUCACCGUCGACGUUGCCGCCACGGUUUGCGCCGGAGUUUGAUGGGAUCGACUGCUUCGAGACCAUCGUGUGCCAUUGAUCGCUGAUGAAUCGUGAUCUGCUCGUGGUCCAGCCGGGCGUGUGACUACUAAUUCUUUCUCCGUUUGACGGCCGUACGAUCGGCGUGUUCAUUCGUUGUUAACUUGUGUGCUUCUAACUGAAGCCGGAUGUUGUACAGAAUACAGAGUUACCUGUAAACCAAGUUCUUCAUAUGGUACAAAGAAAUCUAGGAUAAGCUUUGAUUUUUUUA